AAACCAGAUUAUAUCAAGUCCUACUUCAUGAUAAAACGACUCUUCUGUUCUAUCCAUCAACUCGAUUAAAAAUGGUAACCAUCUCGAGUCUGUUCAAGAUUCUAAGUUGCACGGACCACGUUGACUAUGCUAUAAUAGUGAUCGCUCUAUCCUCUGUUUUAUGCUAUAUCUGGCUUUACGCCAAGUCCAAACGGCAGCCCAAUCCCUUGCCUCCGGGACCUUGGGGUCUUCCAAUAAUCGGAAACCUGCUGUUCCUCAAACCAGAGCUUCACACCUACUUCCAAGGUCUGGCUAAAGAGCACGGUCCCAUUUUCAAACUCUGGCUCGGCUCCAAACUGGCGAUUGUGGUUAGCUCCUCUGAGGUGGCCCGUGAGAUUCUACGAACCAACGACGUCAUUUUCGCUAACCACGAUGUUCCUGCCGUGGCUCUGAUAAACACGUACGGUGGUAUUGACAUAGCCUGGUCACCAUAUGGACCAAGGUGGCGGAUGCUGAGGAAACUAUGUGUUAAUAAGAUACUGAGCAACGUCAGGUUGGAUUCAUCUGUUGGCCUACGUCGCGGAGAGACCAGGAGAACAGUUAGGUAUUUGGCGGAUCAGGCUCGAGCAGGAUCGCAGGUUAACUUGGGAGAACAAAUAUUCGUGAUGAUACUAAAUGUUGUAACGCAGAUGUUGUGGGGCGCUACGGUUGAAGAAGAAGAGAGGGAGAUUGUUGGAGCCGAGUUCUUAGAAUUAGUUCAAGAGAUGAAUGACCUCCUGAUGGUGCCCAAUAUAUCUGACUUUUUCCCGGCAUUGACCCGGUUUGAUCUUCAGGGCUUGGCUAAGCGUAUGCGAGGACUGGCUCAGAGGUUGGACCGGCUGUUUGACCGGGUCAUUAAUCAACGGCUGGGGAUGGAUAAGGGAACUCAAGGGAAGGGUGAAGAUUUUCUACAGGUCUUACUAAAAAUCAAGGAUGAAGAAGAAGGGCAGACAAAUUUGAACAUGAAUGAUGUGAAGGCGUUGCUCAUGAACAUGGUGCUCGGUGGUACAGAUUCAUCGUUACAUGUCAUAGAGUUCGCAAUGGCCGAGCUAAUAAACAAACCGGAUAUCAUGAAGAGAGCUCAACAAGAACUUGACGAAGUUGUGGGAAAAGAUAAAAUAGUGGAGGAGUCUCACAUCCCUAAACUUCCAUACAUUCUUGCCAUUAUGAAAGAAACUCUGAGGCUUCACAUGGUUGCACCACUCCUUAUUCCUCACCGCCCAUCCCAAACCACCGUGGUGGGCGGCUUCACUAUCCCUAAAGAUUCAAAGGUCUUCAUUAAUGUGUGGGCAAUCCAUAGGAAUCCAAAUGUAUGGGAGAACCCACUUGAAUUUGAUCCCAACCGGUUUCUUGAUAAAUCUUAUGACUUCAACGGAAAUGAUUUCAACUAUAUUCCGUUUGGAGCUGGUCGUAGAAUAUGCGUGGGAAUGGCGAUGGGGGAGAGAAUUGUUCUCUAUAAUAUCGCUACGCUUUUGCAUUCUUUUGACUGGAAACUUCCUCAAGGAGAGAGAAUGGAGGUCGAGGAGAAGUUUGGGAUCGCGUUGAAGCUGAAGAAUCCACUUCUUACGACCCCAGUGCUAAGGUUGUCCGAUCCAAAUCUUUAUCUUUAAUCUAACUGUCAGAUAAUGGAAAAUUGAAUUUUCUGAUGCGGGAUGUUCUAUGAUUUAAUAAAGCUGAACAUGUUAUAGGGCGUUCGCAUGCUUGCAAAGUUUGAUUUAGUACUCUAUUUCGUGUUCCAAGUCCUACAUAUCUUCUGUGUUUCUGUUUUCUUUUACAUAUUGGGGUUUGUGCUUUGUAAAUACCCGCGUUGUUUUACUUGAUUUAUAAAGUCAUCAUUGUUAAGAGUUUCUCGAUAUGAAUCUCUCACCAACUAUAUUGAUAUUUCAUUUGAGAGUCUCGUAGAAACUGAAGAGAUUCAUGUGAAAAUCUUUCAUUUGAAAAGAAAGGACUAUGUUGAGAUACUUGCAAUACGAACCGUAAAGAAACCAAUAAGAGUAUUUGAUGCAGGCUUAGACUAAAUCUUCCAUCACUUUGAAGUGAUCUUAAUGGAUUUAUUAUAUUAACUUUCAUCAAAAACCAAAUAGCACAUUUCAACACAAGAGAAGAAAUAAAUUGAUUAUUUCUUUUAAGAUGUAUUGGAUCUAUGAGUAAAGAGAAGAUAUAAUCCUUCAAUUUUUCAUAAUCGCUGUGGUUGAAUACAUCAUCUGCCGUAUAGAGAACGUCUAAUUAAUAAGCGUCCGAAAUUGAUAAAUUAGUUAAGAAUUCGACGGGAAAUGUUGGUGAUUUCGAAGUACUCUUCGUUGACAAUUUUGUUGCUAUUUCCAAUCAUCUUCUCAAGUUCUCUAUAGGUUUCUUCUUUGGUAAUUCCAUGUUGGUUCAUGUAAUAGUUGAUUGCAUUUGCAGUAUACCCUUUAAAUUUAGUCAUAUCGUCCUGGUAAAGACCACAAG